GCGAUCUUGUGCAAUUCUCGCGCGCCUCUCUUUUGUUCCACCUGUUGCCAGUCGCGGGUUCGAGUCAGGUACGCGAGGAGGCUAUGGUGAUGGCGUCUUUCGCUUGUUUUCGAUGAAAGUGUGGCGCGCGCGCCGAAAAUCGCAGUUGUGGCGAGCAUAGCGACACGGUGAAGUGUGCCCUAGGUCAGUAGCAGGUGGUGGAAGUUAGCGAUGAAGUUUGUUUUUUAUACAGUGCUUUCAAGUGGAUGGUUUGACUCGUUUUUCGAACUUUGACAGUGGAAGAGAUCGCGUUUGCAUGUCAUUUAUUCAUCAGAUUUCAUUCUCGAUGAACAUAAACUGUGAAUUCCUUCGUUUAGUUUAGAGUGGAUCUGUGUCAUUGAACGAGCACGAAUAAGUCCACAGAUUGCGCAACAAGUGGCGAGUUGAACAUUUCCAAGUCACAGAGCUAAGACCAACGUUUUCUAUGCGCCAGGAGUUCAGCAGGAGCGUGGUCCUGGAAAAAGGAUGAGACGGACACGGUUGGCGGUCAGUGGCGUGCUGUUUUUAUCAGGAAUAGCCAGUGCCGGCAUUUUGGACAAUUUCAAUAAUUGGGCUAGGUCUGACAGGAUCGAAGUGAACUUGCCUUGGUUACCAUUUGAGAACGAGACCAGAUGCUAUGACGAAUUGGGGUGUAUCAAUAUUACCAGGACGUGGUAUCACUUGAUCAACAGGCCAUUCAAUGUGUUUCCCUUGCCAAGAUCUGUGAUAAAUACUAGGUUCAUACUAUAUACGCGUUUAAAUCCCUCAGAGGGGCAACUUCUUAGAGCCAACAAUCAAUCUAUCGAAAAAUCAAAUUUGGAUAUCGAUAAGAAGACAAAAUUUAUCAUACACGGAUUUAUAGAUACUCCACUUUCGAAUUGGGUGCGAGAUAUGAGAGAUGAACUCCUGAAACACCAAGAUGUGAACGUGAUCGUAGUAGACUGGGCCGGGGGUAGUUUACCCCUUUAUACACAAGCCACUGCAAAUACCAGGUUGGUGGGCCUGGAACUAGCUUAUUUGAUCAACUAUCUAAUGAAAAAUUAUGAAGUGGAUCCAAAAAGCAUCCAUAUCAUAGGUCACUCUCUCGGAGCUCAUACAGCAGGAUAUGCAGGAGCCUUGGUACCAGGAUUGGGCAGGAUAACGGGACUAGACCCUGCUGAACCAUAUUUUCAGGGCAUGCCAGCUCACGUGAGGCUAGACCCCAGUGACGCAGAUUUAGUGGAUGUCAUUCACACCGAUGGGAAAGGUAUAUUAUUUCUCGGAUAUGGAAUGUCCCAACCGUGUGGUCACUUGGAUUUUUAUCCCAAUGAUGGAAAAGAACAACCAGGUUGUGAUAUAACUCAAUCUCCACUUGUACCAUUGACAUUGAUAAGAGAUGGAUUAGAAGAAGCUUCCAGGGUCCUAGUAGCUUGUAAUCACGUUAGAGCCAUCAAACUAUUCACAGAUAGUAUAAAUUCUCAAUGUCCUUAUAUCGGACAUCAGUGUUCGAACUACAAUUUAUUCAGAGAAGGGCGCUGCUUCACAUGUAAGUCAGGUACAGGGUGUGCUAUAAUGGGAUACCAUGCAGACACGACUCCCGGAUUGGUGGACAAAGAGGUGUCUCCACAGUCCAAAUCACAAGAGACUAUCGGAAGCAGAUACUUUUUGACCACGGGCAAGGAGUAUCCAUAUUGUCACCGAAUGUACCGCAUCAGCGUCGAACUAGCCCACCCCCCUCACGCCGAAACCUGGGUGCAGGGCCACCUCAAGGCUUCCAUCUUCAGCCCCCAUGGGGCCAUCCACAUGGACCUCACCCCCAGUGGGGACAUGAGGUUGGAGCACGGCUCCACCUACUCCACCAUGGUGUCCCACCCUGUAGAUAUGGCGGGGGACGUACGGAAAGUGGAGUUGAAUUGGGAGUACGACAUGAACGUGCUAGAGCCGAGAACGUUGUGCCUGUUCUGGUGCAACGAUCACCUGUACGUGAGGAAUGUAGUGGUGGAGGAGAUGGAGAUGCCAGGCAGGGGGAAAAGGGAUGCUCAAUUCUCAAGUAGACUAUGUUCCAAAGGGAAAAAAGACUAUGCAGACAUUUCCAAUAGAGGUAGAGGAAUUUUCUUGGAAUCCUGCAGGAGUUCCAAUGAGUUUUCCAAAAGCUAGUAAAAUAUUCAUGACCCAGUGACCAACCAGUGACUGAGAUAGUGUCAUGAACUUAUCAGAAUGAGAAUUCCAUGUUUUUUAUAUUUUUAUAUGAUUGUAAAAAUGUCCAAAACUGGUAUUCUUUGUCCUGUGUGAUUUGUGUUAGUUUAUUUAUUAGUUAAAGUACAAAAAUAAGUGAGAAUAUAUUGAAGGAUUUAUUGUUUUUGUUUUGUUAUAUAUAUAUAAGCUUGAAAACUGUUUUUGUGAUAUGUUAUCAUAACUUUUUAUACCCCUCAAGAAGGAAAAUUACCAGUUAUGUUAAUUAUCUGAAAUAAAGGAGAUGC